AUGAAAAAAUUUGAUGAAAAUGAUGCAGAUUUUCAAUUAGCUAUCAAGGAAAAUGAAAUUUUUAUAUCAAAACAACAAGAAAAAAUCAAUCUCAUUCAAAAUAUAUUAAUAGGAAAACAACAAAAUGGAAGUAAUUGUAUACCUCUAGAUUCUAACUCACCAGCAACUGAAGCUGCUGCUACUACACUUGAUGAUUUAUCUGAUAUUGAUCAGCUCAUUGAGGACGUGCAAGAUCAUAAUAACAACAAUACCAACAAU